AACUUCCCAUUUCACGGCUAUACUCAUCAACACGCAUCUACCACAGGCGAUGCCAAGUCUAAACGAAAAAUUUCUGACGUUGAUCGAGUUGACAACCCGAGAAUUAUUCACCAAGGGCUUCAAACUCCAUGGGUGGCGCCUCUACAAGUCAGCCACAAUCACCAUAUUCUUCUUAUGACGCAGAGGAUACACGAAAAGCAUCGUGGUCGACCCCUCGACAUGAACACGCCUCGGUGGAAAGAUCGCCUAGAACCAUGUCUCCUUCACUUUUACGCAAUAGCAGCCGCUCAGAGUAUUCGUCCUUGCAGCCCAUUAACAAUCGUUACUCCACUUAUUCAUCAGAAUAUCCAGGAGGAGGGGAAAGCAAAGAUCGAAGUAUCGAAAAUGCUGAACGUUUUCGAUUAUUACCCCCCAUCCUAGGACCUGAGAAAAAGUCGUCCAGACCACCUUCUGCUUAUUCCGACAACGAUCAGCGCAUUCCACCGCAACAUCACCGUCCACGGUCUAGUCCAAUGGUUGAAGCGUCUUCAAGUAACCGGGAUCAAGAAGAAGUUCUAGAAUCCUCACAUCAGCACAGCAUCAUGUUUCUCUUGGAUCGGCCUAUCCGACCCAGACCAUCGGACGACAAGAGAAACCCUUUGUAAUUCCUUCUCUAAUAGAAGCAAAACCAACCAGCCAGCCAGCUCUUGCUUCAUAAAAUGCCGGUCAUUCUAUAUUGAAUUGUUAUUACAUGUAACUUUUUCAUGGCUAUUUAGAAAAACGGUUUGAUCAUGUCAAACUAUUUGGUCCUCCCUUUGCAUUGAUUUUUGUUUAACGUAUCGCUAUUCGCACACACCUCCAACUUAACCGACACAACGUGUCCGUACUUGUAAUCAGCCCUCAAAAAUUGUAAUGUACCAUUUGAUAUUUUUUUUUUCCUUAAUCAUUGCUUGCUUGCAUUCCCUCUUUGUUUGGAUACGUGCUUUCAUUGAAGUGUACCUAUAACGCGCGCCAACGUGCGCAUUUCUGCGCCACAGUAGUUACAAUU